UGGUGUUUCACUAGCAGGCGUUGCCAUUGCCUUCAUCGGGUUUCAUCCAGCGGCUCGUUGAUCAGUUUCAUUUCGUUGCCAGUCAGUGUUUUAUUUCGUUCCUUAGGAGUACAGAGCUCCCCAAAGUAAAAAUUCGUAAUUUUCAACCCAACCGGGUUUCAUUCCGUGUUUCGUCGUUCGCUUCUUUUCGUUGGUCGGUAGCCCGUAUCCCCCCAAUCCCUGAAAGUGAGUUCUGUAGUCCGUCGGGGAGCGUGGUUUUCCGCUAAAUUGAUCGUGAAUCGGUUGCCGGAAUGAGUGGCCACCAGUGCAGCCUGGGCAAGCUGGCCCAGCGGGGCGCCAGCCUGCAGAUGCGCGGCUUCUACCACACGCGGAGCAGGCCGUAUGUGGUCCAGAGCUUGGGCCAGUUGAACCGGUCGAACCAGUGGUCACACGACCACUUCGAGCGCAGCCGGGUGCGCAAGAUCGUGGGGGUGAAGAAGACGCUGGUCAACCAGAUGCAGGGCAUGGCCCCCAGCCUGGGGCCCUCGAAGGUGGCGCCCUACAAGAUCUACGGCAGGACGCGGCUCUUCUCCUCCUCGAGCAACCUGAACGGUCGUUCGCAGCAGCAGCUGGAGGAGGACGAGGCGGAGCAGGAGUACUCCGACCAGGAGGACCUGCCGCCCCACACCACGGCCUCGUUGUCGGCCACCCAGAGGCGGUACAACCAGGCGGCGGGAUUCGGCAAGGGCAUGGCCAUGCAGGCGGCCAGGGACAUCAGCCAGUCCAUCCAGGAGGAGCUGAUGGUGGUGGACGCCGAUACGCGGGACAUGCUCAACUGCGAUCCGGGUCGCCAGGCGGUGCGCGACUACCGCGAGCAGCUGGCCCAGCGGCCCAAGAAUCCCCUCGAUCCCAUGCAGGGCUGGAAGCAUCCGCGGCCCCUCAAGUACCUCUCAAGUACCAACCUGCCGGUUAGCAGCGGCAGCGCAUCGGGGUCAGGGGGUCAGCCCGAGGAGCUGGAGGAUCGCCAGGUGAGGCCACGCCGCCGCCAGAUGGUCGUGAGCCACGCCAAGGCUCCUCCUUCGCUGGCGCAGCUCGAGAUGCCCACCUCCAGUGCGAGGGAGAAGUUCUCGGAGCAGCGCAGCGAGCUGCGUCCGCAGACCAGUUGGCACCGGCCCAAGCCGGUCGUCGAGGAGAAGCCCGAGGAUCUGCUGAUGGACGUGUCCCUGGUGCGGGCAGUGCGCCCGGACAUCACGGUGGCCAGGGGCCUCCAGCAGGAGGGCGAGAAGGCCGCCGAUCCAGAGUCGUGGUAUGAGCAGCCCAAGGCGGAGCGCGAGUUCCUCAAGAAGGCCUUCCUCGGCGGCGCCAGGAGUCGCCGGAGGGCGGGGCAGCCCGAGUCGGCCGACAAUGCGGCCCAGAUAAGCGCCUCCCAGCAGGUGAUCAACCAGAAGUACGCCGGCUUCCGCAGGUCAUCGCGCGGAAAUCAGAAGCAGAUGGUUCGCCAGAUUGUGGAGUCGGUCAACCCGACGCCUCAGCUCAAUCCGCAUCCGCGGGCCGCGUCGGAGCCCCGGGAGACGCGCAGGAGGCGUGGCGUCGCCAGGCAGGGCGUCGAGCGACAGGCCGCGCCCAAGUUCUUCGCGGGAAGAACUGCCGGGGAGCGGGACGAGGAGGAAGGUGGGGAGGACAAGUCCAACUGGCCGUCGGCCAACCACCCGUUGCUUCAGAUGCACUCGCGGAGCGACUCUCGCCUAGAAACGGACAGCAAGGGGCGUGGGAGCAGGAAUGCCAUGGGCGAACAGCGGGGGCCCAAGAAGCCGGUGGUCACUGAACCAUCCGUGGAGCACAACGACAUCGGGAUGCCACCAGGAUACAGAAAGGAGUCGGCCGUGCAGCGCCUGGGAAGUGUUUCCUCCAAGCACAACAGCCGUGCCUUCAACAGCUACUAAUAUUGA